AUGCGACGACGUGGUGUUGGUAUUGGUGCUGUGCGUAAGAAACAGGAACAAAAUAAGCAGUUUACAGAGGUCGGAGAACAGAUUGUAGAGGCUAAUUUAUCCCAUGUAUCCUCGCAGCUUGAGCUCUUUCGCACCAACUUGCAGGAAUUUGCAGUCAAGUACAAGAAUAACAUUAAGAAGGACCCAAACUUUCGACGGAGUUUUCAGGUCAUGUGCGCUAAGAUUGGUGUUGAUCCAUUGGCAUCAAAGAAGGGAUUUUGGUCGGAAUUAUUAGAUGUGGGAGAUUUCUAUUAUGAACUCGCAGUGCAGAUUAUUGAAAAGCGAGGACCAGCAAUGCAAAUUGUCACGGAUGAUGAUGUCAAGAGAGCAGUGAAGAAUCUUAGUGUAUUGGGCGAGGGUUUUCAGCUUCUUGAUAUGGAAGAGAGGACAAUGAUUGUGACGGUACCUUUUGUCUUGAGCGAAGAUUACUCCAUCAUCUUGGCCUUAGCGCAAACGACGGGAGGAAUGGUGAAUGCCAGUAUCUUGGCGCGAGAAUUGCAGUGGGACAAAAAGCGGAGUAUGUUGGCACUGAAUGUGCUGCUCCGUGAAGGCAUGACGUGGCUAGAUGAACAGACUAGCGAGCCUUCGUACUUUUUCCCAAGUAUCACAUUGUCGGGUACUUACACCUAG